AUGUCUUCUGCCUUCGUCCAACGCCCUGCUCCCGAGUUCAAGGCUACCACCCUUUUCCCCGGUGGCGAGUUCAAGGACAUUUCCCUGUCUGACUACCUCGGCCAAUGGGUUGUCCUCCUUUUCUAUCCCCUCGAUUUCACCUUCGUCUGCCCAACCGAGAUUAUCCAGUACAACGAUGCCCUCCCCCGCUUCCGCGCCAUCAACACGACCGUCCUCGGCGUCUCGACCGACUCUCACUUCUCCCACCUCGCCUGGACGGAGCGCCCUCGCAAGCAAGGCGGUCUCGGCGAUGACCUCCAGCUGCCAUUGGUCGCUGACAAGUCCCAUAAGAUCUCGCGCAGCUAUGGCGUGCUGAUCGAAGAUGAGGGCGUCGCUCUGCGCGGGCUUUUCAUCAUCGAUCCCAAGGGCAUCCUGCGCCAGAUCACCGUCAACGACCUCCCGGUUGGCCGCAAUGUUGAGGAGACAAUUCGUCUUGUAGAGGCUUUCCAGUUUACUGACGAGCACGGUGAAGUCUGUCCUGCUGGCUGGCAGAACGGCAGCAAGACAGAUGAGCUGGAGAGGAGCAGCAUCGCGAGCAGCCACAACCACGGCUGUAACGACCAGGACAGCGAGGACGGGGCUGACGACGACGCAGGGGACGAGGGUAUGUAUUCCCGGAAGGACAACGACACGCUCAACCGGGCCGUCUUCUUGUUCAUGGUGGCUUCAAUCAAGACGCAGGUGGGCGGGCAUAUCUAUUCAAACUCGCUGCUCUGCUUCUGUGCGGCGUUAGGGAUCCGGUCCCAUCCGCUCGGGUAUACCGAGCCGCACUUAUACACGGGGAUGCUGGCCGCCAUUUUGUGGUGGUCCCGGCUCUUCUUCUUAGAGGCCGCGUUCGAGGACCAGCCCCGGGAUCAGGACGAGGUCGGGAUCAAAGCAGUGAUCGCGUUCCGGGAUCAACAUGCCGUUUGGAUGUGUGUAGGCGCGCAUAUGGUCGUCAGCACCAUCAUCGGAUGGAUGGCGCUGGGGAAAGGGUGGCGAAUGCGGAUGGGUGGGCAGCCGUCGGUGCGUUGGGCUGAGGACGGCGAGUCGCUAUUCCACAACGGCGAGCGCAUCAUGGUUUAG